AUGGCGGUUCUUCCAGCCUCUGCAGCGGCGGCGGCAGCGGCGGCUUCCGAGCAGCAAAGCUCAAAUGGCCCCGUGAAGAAAUCGAUGCGAGAAAAAGCCGUGGAACGCAGAAAUAUUAACAAAGAACAUAACAGUAACUUCAAGGCGGGGUACAUACCGAUUGAUGAAGGCCGUCUACACAAAACAGGCUUGCGAGGCAGAAAAGGCAACUUGGCUAUUUGUGUGCUGGUCCUCCUUUUUAUCUUGGCUGUUGUUAAUUUAAUUAUCACCUUCAUAAUUUGGACCGUAAUUCGCAUUGGACCCAAUGGCUGUGAUAGCAUGGAAUUUCACGAUAGCGGAUUACUGCGGUUUAAACAAGAUUCUGAUAUGGGGAUUAUACAUCCACUGUAUAAGAGCACAGUAGGAGGUCGACGGAACGAAGAUUUGGUGAUUGUGGGAGAAAAUCAGCCA